AUGGCUAAGCCACUCCGAGUACUCACCUGGAACGCAGGGCACUUAGGACAACAGCAGUGGGCCGAGCUUCGCACGUGGCUUCGCACGGCAGCAGACAAAUAUGAUGUCAUUGCCCUGCAGGAGACACACUGGCAGGAAACCACCGAAUUUGAGGUGGAGGGCUGGCACUGUGUUAGCUCUGCCAGCAAAGGACAGGCAAAGGCCACCCGGGCUAAGAAAAAGCCAAAUUCGAGCACAGAAGGAACAGGACUGGCACUGCCAGAAGCCCAAUCCCAUGCCCUGCAUGAUGACAAGCGAGCAGAUGGAGUGAUGGUCCUGACUGCCCCGCACAUUCCAAAAGACACUGUCAGAUGGAAAGAGCAUCAGAAGGGACGUGUCCUUGAGAUAGUAUUUCAGUGGAAGGGAGCUCGAGUACACGUUGUGUCAGUAUACCAGCACGUAUGGUCGACCUCAAAAACUGCACAGAAAAACAGAGAAGACAGAUCCACCACCCUCGCUGCUCUGUCCCGUGCCAUCCGAGGAACACCGCAGAGAGACACCCUGAUAGUGCUGGGCGACUUCAACUCGACCCUAAAGUCGAGCCCAGGAGCGGUUGGCUUGUGCACUCCAGGACCUCCUCCACAUCGAAAGACCGAAGACGAAUACUUCCAACGGCUGGUUCAGGGACAUGGAUUAGUUGCGCUGAACACCUGGUCUUCAGGGAAAGGAUUCACUUUCCAGACGGCCACAACGCAAUCUCAAUUGGACUACAUCCUAGUCCCGAAAACUAUCUCCCGAAGUGAUGCUAAGAAGAGCAAGCCAAUCGACAAUUUCCAGCUCGGGAAAUGGAAGAAGGGUGGCCAUCUCCCCGUGGAAGCACAAAUACGCCCAAUGAGGCACUGGCAGCUCCCCCCUCCCCCCCCUCCCCCCCCGCCUUAUGACAAGCAUGCUCUUGAAAAUGCAGUGCGCUACAAUCAUCCUAAGGCACAAGAAAUGAAGGAGUGGGUCGCUGACCAGCUUCAGCAGCUGACUCCUCCGGACAUGAAUGAGGUCAAUGACAUCCUCAUACGCGCUUCAGAGAGGUACUUUCCGCGUGCCCCUAAACCUUCAGCUCCUCCGCUGAACGCCAUGCACAGGGCGACUCAAAGAAUGUGGUCGCGUCUGUCUGCACUGGACGAAGACUUAAGAAGCCAAUCCCUGACACAGGCAGACCACGAGGUGUUGGUCAAUGACCUGGCGACUUGGCAUAAGCAGGCAGUAUCAUUGGCAAAGAAGCAACGAGUAGCCGACUUCACAAAGGAGGUGGAUCACUCAGCCAAUACGGGAGAUUCCUACUUGAGCCACAAAACCCUGAAAGCUCUCCGACCCUGGCAACCGCAGCCGAAAACACAGCUGGUGAACCAGGACGGAUACUUGAUGGCAGCCGAGGAGGAACUCCUGCUCAUGAAAGAUCAUGCUAAGGCAGUGUUCCAGAGGCAUGACAGGUUAGAUGUGCUGGUGAAUACACUGCCACAGCUGCAGGCUCCAGCAUUGGCCAAGCACAUCGGCUCCAUACGGCCGCACAAAGCAGUACCCGAAGGUUCAGCUUCGGCAGCAGCGUGGAAACUGUGCUCAGCCUCGACAGGAGACGUGCUCCAGCAAUACUGCCAGGCACAGAGCCUCAAAGCUGAGCACUGCUCAGUGGAUUCAUCAGUGACACUUUCAGCACCGCUGAAAGAUACUGACCUUUGCUUUAUUCCCAAGCCGAAUAAGCCACCAAACAAGCCCACUAACCUUCGCCCACUAGGCAUAAUACGACCAGAUGGCAAAGGAUUGGCAGGAGCAUGCAGGGAUCUGCUAGCUCCCUACACGUCCAGCUACCUAAAGCCAGUGCCUCAGUUUGCCUAUCAGCCUAGGAGAGGGCUGUCGGAUGCCCUGUCCAGAGUCUCGCAACACACGCGCGAAGUCAGGCAUGCCUGCGCACAAGCCAGACUCAGCAGACACAGCCAGCAUGCAGGCCAUGCCAAGCCAGAGCUAGUAGGGGGCAUUUGCUUUGCACUGGACCUUUCUCAAGCAUUCGACAUGGUGCGACGACAGGACCUCAUGGACACCCUGCAGGAGGCCAACGUCCCAAUCGCGGUGCAGAACUUAGUAGCGUCUCUGCACACAGACAGUCGCUAUAAAGUCAGAUCACAGCAACGGACAUGUGAAGUAGAAUCGACUACAGGAAUAAAACAAGGAUGCAAGCUCGCCCCCACUCUCUUCUCGAUGCUAACAGGCAAGCUCUUUAAGGAACUAUCAACAGUUGUGGGCAAAGAAAGGAUGCAGCAAUCUCUCACAGGCUAUGCAGAUGACAUGACGAUCCAUCACACCAUCAACAAUUGGGAAGACCUGCUAAAGGCUCACCAAAUGAUAGCAGAGUUGCUCCGCAUUGUUCGAAAGUACGGCUUUAAGGUGAACCCAGAGAAGUGCCACCUGAUGGUAAAGUCCUGGGCGCUAAGGGUCUUCCCUCUAGGGGUCGUGCAAGCUGAGACCCCGGGUGGUCUCAGCGGAUGGACACCAGCUCGUCUUCGAGUGAUUCGAGCAUCAGCUGGGAUUGGCCGCCUCUGCCUCAGCGUGCUGCAUUUCGACCAGUCCUCAUCCGGCCUCGCUGCUUCCAUCUUGACCUGCUUGCGCGCCGAGUGGCUGCUUGGUUCCGUUUGGCUUGCAGUGGCCACAGGAUCCACGCGUGCGCCCGACAGCUUUUGCAGCUGUCUGCUUGAUCAGAGUGCUUCUCAAGGGGGGGAGGUUAGCUGCUUUGACAUCGACAGGUUGCUUGUGGAGGCACAGCUUGCUGCAAUUCCUGACAACAUGCCUAAAUUCCCUUGGGAAACCGGAUCGUUCAAGGCCAUCUUUGGUGAGGGAAUGGCCGGUGUGUUGUCUCCACCAGUGCUGAGGCAACCUUCUCUUGUGCCCAUACCUGGGGUUGCCUCCCCUCCGCCGGAACCUGCGCCCGUGCAGAGUGCUUCUGGGAAACGCAAGCAUGCGCAUUUGUUUCAUGAGUGUUCUGCUAAAGCCUCCAGAGAUGAAAAUGCUGACAGUGAUGAGCAUUUGUGGAACAUCGCUUUGAGCAAGUGGGUUACUGUGUUCAUUUUGUGCGAGCACCAGGGAAGCACGGGUGCCAUGCUUCAGGACAGCUUCUGGUCCGAGGACGGCACUGCUCGGGAAGAUAUCAUCCGUGAUGUCUUGGGGUUGAAGGCUCCGAGAACAGCGUCAAAGAGAGCCAAUGACUUGUUGCGUUGUUUCCGGUGGCAUGUAGAGCAAGGCAAGUCCCCGUGGCCCUGGAGCAUCAAGUCUCUUUCGUGUUAUAUCGAGUCACUAAAGGGUACUAAAGGGUAUGCAAGUGCCACUGCUACUCUGUUUCAGGCCAUCAAUUUUGCGCAUCAUGUGGUCGACAUCCCCUUUAGUGCUGAGAUCUUGAGCGACAGGCGCCUUCAGGGCAGGGCGAAGAGGCUGAUUGCUGAUAGUGGUCCUCUGAAGCAAGCCACAGCAUUGCGUGUUGAGCAAGUCAUCCAACUUGAAAUUCGAACGACCUCCAGCGAGACUUGUGUGCAAGACAAGUUCCUUUUGGGCGGGAUGCUUUUCACGCUAUACUCUAGAUCGAGGUGGUCCGAUCAUCGCUUGCUUGAUUUUAUCUUGUUUGACGGAUGUGGGGCUCCUACUGAAGGUUUUAUUGAAGCACAGACCUCCCAUCACAAGACUAGGAAUUGCAAGAAAGCUGCCAAGCGUGCCAUGCCACUGGUUGCCCCCAUGUUCAGCUUGUCAGGCCAUGACUGGGCCAGUGCAUGGUACCAAGCAGGCGUCGCACUUGGGUUUCCGUGGGAUGCAUCCCCCUUAGGACCUUUGGUGAGGGUUCCGGGUUUUUCAGGGGUCUCUAAGCGGAAAUGCAGCAGCGCAGAGGCGUCAGCCAUCCUACGGAGUGCCUUGGAAGUGGAUGCUUCUUCAGGGGUAUCAUCACACUCCCUCAAGGUCACCACUCUGAACUGGUGUGGCAAGAGGGGUUUGCCCGAGUUCGAUUGUUUGAUGUUGGGUCACCAUGUCACUGGGUCCAAAUCGCGUGCGGUCUACUCACGUGAACUUCUCAGCGCACCGCUGCGCUCCUAUGUCGCCAUGCUGAAGGAAAUCAAAGCAGGGGUGUUCAAACCAGAUGCCUCCAGGUCGGGUUGGUUGUCCGACUGCGCCGCUUUUGCACCUUCACAUGCAGACUUUCGUUUUGAUAACCCGAAGCGACGUGGGAUCCUUGCUAGUGAACCUGCCGUGUCUCCCAGCGAUAUGUUGGGCCCAGAUGCAGGUGCGUGCGCCCCUCGCUCCCCACAGGAGUUUCCGGAGAGCCCGCUUCUUGCACAGGAUGCACCUGGCGAGUUUAUGGAAGGUGGAGUUCGGGAUCAUGCUGAUGAUGACGUUGAUGAGACAUCCCCUCCCUCCUGGGGGGGUGCCUUGCCUGACAACACUGCCCUGCCCGGUGUUGAGUCUGAGCGCGAUGCAGGGGAUGCAAGUAGCGAUGAGUCAGAUAGCAGUAGCUCAAGUGACAGCAACGCGUCCUCAGGGCAAUCGAUUGCCGAGGAGGGCAUCCUUCGGAAUGCCGGAGCUGCCCAAAGUUUUGAUGUGCCGGGCCCGUUAUGGCAGCACAGAGGUUCAAAGAUGCUGCACAAGGCGGUGCAAGGCUCGGAGAUGACCAAGUGCUCGCGUAGAACGGGUGGGAAUGCCUACCUGUAUCUUCCUGAGGGCUCUGUGUCGAAAUGGACACGCUGCUCGACAUGUUUUCGUGGUGAACUGAUCACCUCGAAAGGCGGUAUGGUGGCUGCCUUAGACGCGCUGAGCGCACCCAGAGCAUCCACAUGA